GGGACUGCUACUGAUCGGCUGCGGAGAGCACUUUAUUACAACGCCUAAUUUAUUAGGCUUACAGUCGUAGUCGUGCAGGAUCAUUUUCUCCGGUUGGGAAACACUAGAGGCGCAGCCGAUAUAAUUGUAUUGCCGAUUGGUGGAUGCAUUUCACGAGGAACUGCUGCUGUUUGCCGUAGGAAGUAAAUUACAAGGCCUAAUUUCUUAGGCUCUCAGGUGAGCCUCUUUCCAAUCCUCGUAUUGCAUUUCUGUGUGGUGCUGUGCUUCGUACCUUUUUCACAGUUCUUUUCGUCGACGUCAACUACUGUGCGAUGACGAAGAAGCUGAAGCCGAGGCUGCAAGUGCGGGAUAACAUCGUGGAUUUCCUAAAACGCACAUCUCGCUUCCUGAAGAACUACGUCCCCGACACUCACGCCCUUCAGGUCCAGACUCGUAUGUACAAACUGGACGAGAAAUGGGACGAAUUUGAAGACAUCCAAGCACAGAUCGAGCAGAUGGAGGAGCACGAAGAGAAGGCGGAUGACCACAAAAGGACUAGGGCCGAGCUCGAGGAGUUGUACUUCCAGGAAAGGGCAGGGUUGAAAUCAAAGUUGCCAUCCACUCUUUCUUCUUCCGCACCCCCCUCCGCUAAUGCACCUGUGGGGGCGUGUGCCGGCAUAACAUUGCCAAAAAUAAAUUUGCCAGAAUUCAAUGGGGAAUUCGAUAAGUGGUUGCCAUUUUCCGACACGUUUAAGUCGCUAAUCCAUGAUAACCCGGAUUUAAGCGGUAUCCAACGUUUCCACUACUUGCGAGCGUCUCUAAAGGGUGAGGCGCUGAAAGUUGUAGAUUCCUUUCCAUUAUGUGAAGAGAACUACGCGGCGGCUUGGUCUGCACUAAUCAAACGCUAUUCGAACGUAUAUCUGCAGAAGAAACGACAUGUGAAUGCUCUUCUGCAGUUUCCGAAGUUAAAGAAGAUGACUGCUAGUGGGAUCCAUGACGUCAUCGAUUGCUUUGAUCGGCACACGAAAAUCUUGGAUCAAUUGGGUGAAGUGACAUCGGGCUGGGGGGCGAUGCUGACACAACUAUUGGUAUCCAAGCUGGAUGAUUCGACGCAGAAGGACUGGGAAGAGUUCGCCUUGAAGAAACAAGAUCCGACGUUCCGGCAAGUGAUGGAGUUUCUCGAGGGUCAAACCCGGAUAUUAGAUGCGAUUGCGGUCGAUCAGCGUGGCGAAUGUCAGCGUGUUCCAUUUUCCACUCCACCCAACUCCUUCAAGAAAUCUGUGCCAAAGCUUGCAGUGAAUACAGCGUCUGAGAGUUCAACAACAAAGUGUGUUUCUUGCAGUGGUCCACAUUACAUAAUAAAUUGCCCCACGUUCGCGAAGAUGAGUCUGGAUAAGCGGUUCCAGGUUGUCAAUUCGAAGAAGCUGUGCAGCAACUGCCUCCGUCGUGAUCACUACAGUCGGGAUUGUAAGUCCUCUUUCCGUUGCCGAACGUGUAACAAGAAGCACCAUAGUCUCCUCCAUCCUGGGUUGUCAGCAUCCGGUUCCAAUUCAGCGACUGCCGCUCAGGAAUGUACUCAAUCGCAAACGGGCGGUUCGAAUGUUUCUACUACUGCAGUUGUUCCGGUUGAUGCUCCUCAGCAGGUGCUCCAGAGUUCGGUUGCUACAAUCUAUGCGGCAAAUGUCACAGCUGAAUCUCGAGAAGUUCAUGUUUUCUUGUCAACGGUUCUCGUGUCGGUGAAGGACUGCAACGGGCGGUCUCACAUGGCCAGAGCUCUUCUCGAUAGCGGAUCCCAGGCGAAUCUGAUCACGGAGAGAUUGUGCCAAGUCUUGAAGUUACCACGGAAACAAACUAGCGUGCCAAUCGCUGGUGUAGGCAGUGCGCGGGUUCAGAUAAACAGUUCUGUGUCCACCACAAUAGCUUCGAGAAUCACCGACUACGCCAUCCCGAUGGACUUCUUAGUUCUGAAGAAAGUAACAGAGGAUCAGCCUUCGACGACGAUUCCGGUCAGUAGUUGGAACCUACCAUCAGAUAUGGUACUGGCGGAUCCAGGUUUCAACAAGCGGGCUCCAAUUGACCUAUUGCUGGGAUUGGAGUAUUUCUACGAGUUCUUGUUACUCAACGGUGGUCGGAUUCAAAUACAGCGGGUAGGUGAAGGAAUUCCACUCUUCGUCAACACUGUUUUCGGGUGGAUAGCAGCCGGUAAAGCGGAUUUGGGUAGCCUUAACCCGAUUCCGUGCUGUCACGUAACGACCAACGCCACUCUGGAGGAAAAAAUUGAGCGAUUUGAGGAGAUGCAGGACGUUCCACGGCGUUCUCAAGAAGAACAAGACUGUGAGGAACAUUUUCAAGCCACUUUUUCACGUGAUUCAACCGGAAGAUACGUGGUGCGUCUGCCGAAGCGAAUGGGUUUCGAGCAGAUGAUCGGUGAGUCGAGAGAUACGGCUCUCCGCAGACUUAUGCAACUUGAACGGCGGUUGGGCAAGGACGCAAAUCUGCGCAAGAGUUACAACGAAGCGAUGCAGACCUACUUGGAGCUGAACCACAUGACAGCAGUUCCGGACGAAGUUUUGAAACACGAUAGUCGUCUCGCUUGUUAUCUGCCUCAUCAUCCGGUUAUCAAAGAGUCGAGUACAACGACAAAGAUUCGGCCAGUAUUCGACGGUUCCGCGAAAACAACCUCGAACCACUCUCUGAACGACGCUUUGAUGACAGGACCGGUUCUUCAAGAUCCUCUUUUUGAUCUGGUUCUUCGCUUUCGCAAACACGCAGUUGCUCUCGUCGCAGACAUCGAGAAGAUGUAUCUACAGGUGAGAGUGCAUCCAGAUGACACCUCUCUACAGCGGAUUUUGUGGAGAUUCUCGCCAGAGGAGCCGAUUGCAACGUACGAAAUGAAUCGUGUAACAUUUGGUUUGGCUCCGUCUUCGUACCUCGCGACACGUUGCUUGCAGCAGCUGGCAGACGAUGAAGGAGAUUUGCAUCCACGGGGAAAGGAGGCGCUCAUCAACGACUUUUACGUGGACGACUACGUCGGUGGGGCAGAUUCUGAGUGUGAAGCUAUCUUGUUGCGGCAAGAUUUGGAGCAGCUAAUGCCUAAAGGAGGUUUUCGGCUGCGAAAAUGGAUGUCCAAUGCAAAGGGUGCGUUGGAAGGCCUGCCACCGGAGGAUUUAGGAACUCAGUCUACGCUGAACUUCGAUCAAGAGCAGGUGAAAACGCUAGGAAUCCAUUGGCGACCAGGGCCGGAUGUGCUGGGUAUCGACGUGUCAAACCUUACUGUAAACGGACAGUGGACUAGGCGCAAGGUAUACUCCGUCAUCGCUCAGCUGUGGGACCCUAGCGGUAUUACGGCUCCAGUCAUUUCUUGGGCCAAGAUACGGAUGCAGCUUUUGUGGGUAGCAGCUCAAGGAUGGGAUGAUCCCCUGUCUGAAGAAUUAGCCAACCGGUGGACUGAGUUCUACCAUCAACUACCCGUCCUGUCGGAGAUCGAAGUGAAACGGCAUGCUUUCGCCAAUUAUCCGAUGUUGAUUCAGUUCCACGUUUUCUCGGAUGCGUCGGAAGCGGCGUAUGGAGCGUGCAUCUACGCUCGGUCGAUCGAUCAACGGGGACAUAUUAAAGUGGAACUAUUAGCGGCAAAAUCUCGACCAGCGAGUUUGAAGAAGACGACCCUUGCAAGGCUGGAAUUGUGUGGUGCUCAUGUAGCGGCCAAACUCUAUCGUGCGACUGCGAAAGCCCUUAAGAUGGAAGAUACGGAAACCUGGUUCUGGUCGGACUCAACGGUGGUACUGUCAUGGCUGAAGUCGCCGCCGUAUGUCUGGCCUACUUUUGUGGCUAAUCGGGUAUCUCACAUCCAAGAGCUGACAAAGGGACAUCGGUGGAAUCACGUCAAGGGGACUGAAAACCCAGCCGAUCUCGUCUCACGUGGCGUCAUGCCUAAGGAUCUCGUCGACAAGCACCACUGGUUUCACGGGCCGGGUUGGUUGUCGUUACUCGACCAGCAUUGGAAUACCGAACGGCAUUUGAAGUACGAACGACCAGCGGAGGAGCUGCUGGAGAGAAAGAAGAACGUUAUGGUCGUAGCCGAUUCUCAGCAGCCACAUCUACUGCUGGAUCGCUAUUCUAGCUACUGGAAACUUCUUCGGAUCACGGCAUAUGUCCUCAAGUUCAUCCGGAGAUGUCAGCAUCGUAGAUCGCCCCCCACGUCCUCUUCCUUGUCUGUAGCGGAACUACAAGAAGCUAAAUACACGUUGGUGCGGUGUGUUCAACGGAAACCGUUUGCCGCGGAAAUCAAAGCGUUAGCCAAUCAUCGACCGAUUCAAGCCCACUCGUCGCUGAAGCUUCUUCACCCUUUUCUGGAUCACCAGGACAUACUUCGGGUUGGUGGCCGGCUGAGAUUGGCCGGAGAAUCGUAUGCAGUUCGACACCCCAUUAUCCUUCCCAGCAAUCACACGUUUUCACGCCAAGUCGCAGUCGCCUACCAUGAAUUGUCGCUCCAUUCCGGCCCCCGAAUGACGCUCGCACAAAUUCGGCAAGAAUUCUGGCCAUUACGUGGAAAGGCACUAGCAACUUAUACUUUCCGAAACUGCUUACGCUGUUUUCGAACCAACCCUGUCCCUGUAUCCCAACCACCUGGUCAAUUACCAAAACCUCGUACAACUCCUACUCGUGCAUUCGCUGUCACCGGUGUGGACUACUGUGGUCCAGUCUACCUUAAGCCUGUUCACCGUCGAGCGGCAGCACAAAAGGCUUACAUCGCCGUCUUCGUGUGCUUCAGCACGAAGGCCGUCCAUCUGGAGCUGGUUGGAGAUCUUACCGCAUCUGCCUUCCUAGCUACGCUACGACGUUUUGUGGCCCGCCGAGGUCUGCCUUCUGAGAUCCACUCGGAUAAUGGCCUCAACUUCAAGGGUGCCAGCAACGAUCUCCGGGAGAUGUACGAGCUAUUGCAUGAUCCCGUCGUGCAUUCACAAAUCUCCAACGAGACGUCGAAACGAGGAAUCGUGUGGAAAUUCAUUCCACCUAGAGCGCCGAACUUUGGUGGCCUAUGGGAGGCCGCCGUAAAAUCUGCCAAGACGUCACUCGUUCGUGUUCUGGGGCAACGUAGAUUGUCAUUCGAGGACAUGGCGACCAUCCUCAUCCAGAUCGAGGCUGCGAUGAAUUCGCGGCCACUCACCCCCCUAUCGGAGGACCCAGACGAGUUAGAUGUGCUCACACCAGGGCAUUUUUUGACUGGCUCCUCGUUGUUAGCCCUCCCCGAUCCGGACUACAGUGAGAUCCCUCUGAAUUGGCUUCAACACUACCAGGGACUACAGCAGAUAAUUCAACAGCAUUGGAAACGGUGGAGACGGGAAUACAUCUCGCAACUCCACAACCAGAACCAACGAUUCCCACAAGCAACUAUACUCGCGGUAGGCCAAAUGGUACUCCUAAAGGAAGAUGGGAAUCCAGCCAUCGAGUGGCCCCUUGCCCGCAUUAUUGAAGUCCACCCAGGCCCGGACGGAGUGGUCAGGGUGGUGAAGGUACGGAUGCCAAGCGGGUCUAUCUACAAGCGGCCAGCAUCAAGGGUGUGUUUGCUACCAUUCGAAAGGACUUCCCCGAAAGAUGAAACGCUGUCAACUCCAAUCAGCGCAACGUAG